AUGGCCAACAGCUCUGACUUGGCGAAGAAACUCAUGCGGUUCAAACUUCAGCUGACAGACUCAGCACAGUCUGCUACGGUUGUAAAGAUUUUGCAGAAACUGAAGGAUCUUGAUAUCACAUUAGAACUUCUUUCUGAAACUGGAAUUGGCAAAACUGUAAACUCCUUACGCAGACAUGAACAGGCUGGAGAAUUGGCCAAGUCUCUAGUCAGGGGUUGGAAACGAUUGGUCCCUAAGAAAUCCAAAAGCCACACAGAUGAUGGAGAUGCGUCAGAGAGUUUCUCUGUUAAAGACAAACUGGAUGACCAAAACUGUCCAAAUAAAGGAAGUCUUACGAUGGAGGAUUCAAACAAUAAUUGCUUGAAAUCUCACGUUAAGAGUCAGAAUUCUUCAGAUGAAGCCCUCUUCAAAACAGGCAGCAGGAAAGCUGAUUCGGAGAAACAAUAUAAAGAACCGAAAAGACACAAAGACCUGAAUGAAAAUCAAGAAAAAGCUCAUCAAGAAAACCAGCAUAUCUCUCAGAAGGACAUCUUGAAAAAGAACAUUGAUAUCCACGAGGAUCAAAUGGACAAUUCAGUUGUCGCCAAGAAGAGAAAAAGGAAUGAGGGAGACCGAAAAUCCAGAGACACUAAUACUUUGCUUGGAAACAAAAACUCAGACGACACUCAUCGACAAGCCAGCUCUGACAGUGGAAGAUUUGGGUCAGAAAAAAAGUCAAAUAAGAAACAAAAAGAAUCAUCCAGAGAAGUCAAAGAAUCUUUUUUAUCUGAAUCCAGUCACACACACUCAAAAACAUUCAAGCUGGCCAAUGUCAAAGAUGAUAGAUCUUCUGAAAUAUUGAGGACUUCAGAGGCCCAAAACAAAAAAAGGAAAAAAACGAGUAAAGAGAAGCACGGCCCUAUAAAAUGCAAACAAGAAUCUGAAAAAAAGGGAAAUUCCAAAAACAAAAAAGCCAAAAUAAAGCACAAGAACCCACAGAAGGACUCCGAGGAGACCGCCGUGUCUUUUGAAUCAUAUUUGAACUACGAUGUGAACGUUUUCAAGAGAAAAGAAAGAUCUGGAGUGAAGAAACCGGCUAAAACACUCAAGAAUGUCGUAAAAGAUGAAGCAACUAAAGGUCCCGGCAUGAAACCUUUCAGGUCACUCGUGAUGUCUACAAAUAUGACCUCUCCAACACAAGAGUUUAAGGAGUCUGUCAUGGAACUGAUUAAUAUUCCUUCACCUGCUGAUCUGCCUGAAUGUGAAAAACCAUUCGGUGUUGAGUACUUUGAGAGGAAAGUUGAGAGGGAGUCUGAUUGUUGUGACUUCUCAGAGGAGUCUGCCAUCUUCACUGGUCAACGACUUAACAAAAAGAUGCAAGUUUACUCCGGUGUCAAGAGCGCCUUCCUCCCAACCAUGAUGAGUUUGCACCAGCAGUGUAUCCGCACUCUCCAGAAUAACAUUAACUUGCUUUAUGAAACUGGCGGAGUCCCAUUUGAAAUCCUCGAGCCGGUGUUGGAGAGGUGCACACCAGAGCAGCUGCUACGCAUUGAAGAAUGCAACCCAAUCUACAUUGGUGAGACGGACCACUUAUGGGGCAAACAUUGCCAGAGGGACUUCAAACACUCCAAACUUCAGGAGUAUGAAUCAUGGAAAGAGAUGUUUGUCAGGCUGUCUGAGGAGAGGGAAAGGAAAUUCAAAAGACUCACAAAAAGCAUUGUCUCGGCCAAUCAUACCAAACCCAAAGGUCGGCAGGUGAAGAUGGCUUUUAUUCACUCUGUUGCCAAGCCACCGAGAGACGUGCGAAUUCAGCAGGAACUUCAUGGAACGGCUGUUCAGCCGCCUCAGGUCAGGUGCAGCGUCAAGGUUCAGGACAACAGACCGAGGUCGAGCAAUGAGCCCAGCAGGUCCAGCAGCUCCAGCAGCGCCAGUUCGGGGGCAAACAAUACACAAGACCCUCGCAAAAAAACAAGAGUUGCUCCAAUGAUGGCAAAGUCCUUAAAGGCAUUUAAGAAACAGCAGGGACGCAGAUGAAUGCUCU